ACAAGAACACCACUAAAUAAAUCGACGAGGUCAGCUAAUCAACAGUCAGUAUCAUCUUCUGUCAGUCAAGCCAUGAGCAGGAGCUCGAGUUUUGCGCAGGCAAGCGGCCUCGCCGUCUUCCUCCUGCUGGCCCUCGCGGUCCAGCAGCUCGAGGCGGACAUGUCAGCGUCGUGCUCCGGCGUGCUCUCCGGCUUGUCGCCGUGCCUCGGCUUCCUGGAGGGCGAGGAGGACUACCCCUCCGCCGACUGCUGCAACGGCAUGUCCAGCCUUGUGGCGGCCGAGGCCACCACGGCCGACCGGCUGGACGCGUGCGAGUGCCUCAAGUCGGCGGCGGCAGAGGGUAGCGCCGAGUCCACAGCCGCGAGGGACUUGCCGGCCGACUGUGGCAUCUCGCUGCCGUUCACUAUCUCCGCCGACGUCGACUGCUCCCAGAUCGAGUGAAAGAUCAGAUCAGAUGAAAUCAAAGAAGACGAGGUGCAUGCACGUACUCUGUUCUUGAAAUACGCUGCGACAGAAUAAAUGAGCCUGUUAUGUAACCAGUCGAUCUUGUGUCAAGAGUGUGUGCCACCGUUUUGCAUCGCCCUAGUUUAUUCCAAUCUGUAAUAUUUUUGUUUGUGGUACUACUAGUCUACUACUGCACUCCUUUAUGAACAGAGCUGUCCAUGCCUUGA